AUGUAUCUGACCAGCGGGGCCCGCAUGUCAACAGCCAACUUGGCAUAUUUUUUUGCACAAAACCCCUUUGUUAUAAAUUUAAUCACUCAAAGCCGCGACCUUGCCGGAGCCUCGUCACUGGCUCGCCGGAGCCCCGUCGCCUCGACCUCGCCGGCCUCCCCUCGACGGAGCCCCGUCGCUGGCUCGCCGGAGCUCCGGGCCCCUCUUCCUGCUCCCACCCUGCUCCGCCCCAAACGACAGAGAAUGGGUGCUCCCUCCACCGCGCCCUCCCCCUCCCCGCCAGCGCUGCCCGAGGCCUCCCCGCCGAACGACGAGACGCCACCCGAGGACUCCUCACCGGAGCUGCCGCCGCCGCUGCGGCUGCGCGGCGGCAUGCAGUAG